AUGUCUUCCAAGAAGAAGACAAAAAAGCCUCCCGCCCCUCGCCGUCCCCGCAAUCUGCGCCUUGGACCCAAAGACUUCACGCUCUUCCGCAAACUCCCCAGUGAGAUACGACUUGAGAUUUACAAGCUCACCCUUCCUCCCGCACAGUUAAUCACUAUCACAUCCGAGAAGAAGGUCGAUAAGGACACAAAUCUCUACUAUUUUGAAGUUGGCGCCUUGUAUCAAGUCCCGACUCUUCUCCACGUUUGCAAAGAGUCCAGAGAAUUCGCAGAAAAAUACUACUCCAUUCAACUGCAAGACAAUCUUGGAGGUAACGGCGUCUGGAUGUCAUCGAACGAUGUCAUUUUCUUCGAGAACGACGAUACCUUCUUCGCUUUCUUUGACUCAGAUGGAUCUAUCCCAAAGACUACGCUCACAUGCAAACUUCCCGCCAUUGCAUUCAAAGAAUGGCUAUGGGGGUCUGACCCAACCGUACAAGUUCUCUUCAAGAUGGGUCAGCCAGCCGAUAUCUACCAAUUGAGAUAUAACGGUAGUCCCAGCAUCUGGAAUGUAGGAUUCGAGAACAAUCUAUCGACCAUUUGGGAUUGGGAGGCUAAGAUGCUUGGUUACGAUUACCUUCGGCCCAAUGUGCACACUAUAACCUUCAAGAAGAUGAGAGAGGUCUUGGAACAAUGUCAACUACCAACCUUAAUUCCCCGCCCUGAGACAUCUUGA